GAUCACCCCACCGGCCGGCUUUCAAAUACCCGGAUGGGCGGGAGCCGGCUCCCAUUUGGAGCACCAGCCACCAACAUGGUCAGGUCGUUCGCUGUCCUGCUGCUGUUUCUGCUGCCUCUCGUCUCUUCCCUCCAGCUGCCGGCGCUGUCAGGUACUGGAUUUUGUGGUAGAAACGACUUCAAGUGCGGUGAUGGGCAUUGUAUUCUGGCACGGUGGCUCUGUGAUGGGCAGUCCGAAUGUCAAGAUGGUUCUGAUGAGUCGCUGGAGACGUGUAAGAAUAAAACCUGUGAGGCUCAUGAAUUCAGCUGUGGUGGCCGUGUUAACAAGUGUAUCCCAGCAUUCUGGCGCUGCGACUCUCAGUCCGAUUGUGAGAAUGGGUCCGACGAGGAGAAUUGCCCUGCCCGUGUCUGCAAGGACAAUGAGUUCCAGUGCCGCAAUGGAAACUGCAUCUCUACAAAGUUUACCUGUGACGAGGAGGACGACUGUGAUGAUGGUAGCGAUGAGCUGGGAUGCCCAGAACGGACCUGUUCACCAGAAAUGUUCCACUGUGGUAACCACGUGUGCAUCCCCUUGCUCUGGGCUUGCGAUAAUGAUCCCGAUUGUCCCGAUGAGUCGGAUGAAUCGCCACAGAAUUGUGGGAAAUCCACUGCAGCUUCACAGCCCAAUCCCUGCUCUAGUCUCGAGUUCCACUGUGUUAACAGUGGGGAGUGCAUCCAUGUGAAAUGGCGCUGUGAUGGCAACACGGACUGCAGGGAUAAGUCAGAUGAGGAUGACUGUGCUCUGACAACUUGCAAGCCUGAUGAGUUUCAGUGCAAUGAUGGGGUUUGCAUUCAUGGAAGCCUACAGUGUAAUAAGGAGGUUGACUGCCACGACCAGAGUGAUGAAUAUGGCUGUGUAAAUGUAACUAGGUGCGAUGGCCCCCACAAGUUUAAAUGUAGGAGUGGAGAGUGUAUCCUAAUGGACAAAGUUUGUGACAAACAACGUGACUGCCGAGAUUGGUCAGAUGAGCCCCUGAAAGAGUGUGGUGAGAAUGAAUGUCUGAAAGAAAAUGGCGGAUGUUCACACAUCUGUAAAGAUCUGAAGAUUGGCUUUGAGUGUCUCUGUCGACCUGGAUUCAGGCUGGUUGAUAAUACAAAAUGUGAAGAUAUUGAUGAGUGUGAGAACCCAGAUACGUGCAGUCAGAUUUGCAUCAACUUGGAUGGUGGAUUCAAGUGCGAGUGUAAUGAAGGCUAUCAUAUGGAUCCGGUAACCAGGCAGUGCAAGGCUAUCGGGACUGUUGCUUACUUGUUCUUCGCUAGCCGGCACGAGGUUAGAAAACUGACUCUUGACAGGAGUGAAUACACACAAUUGAUCCCCAGUCUGAAACAUGUUGUAGCACUAGACAUGGAGGUGGCUGCAAACAAAAUCUACUGGGCUGAUCUGGAUCAGAAGAAAAUCUUCAGUGCUCGAAUGGACAAAGCUGAGAACUCUUCUCAUCAUUCUACAGUGAUUGCAACAGAGAUUAAGGCACCAGAUGGUCUGGCUGUAGACUGGAUUCAUCAGAACAUCUAUUGGACAGAUAGCCUUGCAAGCACCGUCUCAGUCGCUAAUACGGCUGGAACAAAGAGAAAAGUCCUCUUCAGAGAAGAAGUGUCAAAGCCCAGGGCCAUUGUGGUGGAUCCAGUUCAGGGCUUCCUAUACUGGAGUGACUGGGGAAAUCCCGCCAAGAUUGAGAAAGGUGGUUUGAAUGGUGUGGAUCGCAUGUUGUUAGUCAGCGAGGGAAUUGAAUGGCCAAAUGGGAUCACCCUGGAUUUGGUGAAUCAGCGACUAUAUUGGGUAGACUCCAAACUGCAUACUUUGUCCAGUAUUGGUGUUGCUGGAGAGAACAGGAAGACCUUGAUCAUCUCAGAAGACAAGCUGGCUCAUCCCUUCUCUAUCACACUGUUCGAGGAUAAGGUGUUCUGGACUGAUAUGGAACAAGAUGCUAUUUUCAGUGCCAACAGGCUUACUGGAGGCGACAUUCUGACAGUCAUUCAGAACAUCGAUGUUCCCCAAGAUAUUGUCCUCUAUCACCAUCUUCGGCAGCCCAAAGGUGUUAAUUGGUGUGAGCAGAAUGGCCAAGUAAAUGGUGGAUGUGAACAUCUCUGCCUUCCAGCACCUCAGAUCACUGCUCAUUCUCCCAAAUACACGUGUGUUUGUCCUGAUGGCAUGCAACUGGGGCCAGAUAUGAGGAGCUGUGUAAAAGCUGUCGCUACACCUACUGUCAAGUCGACUGUGGCCGAAACAUGGAGUCAUAGUAAUAAGGCAGUCCAGACCACCAGCCCCACCACAAUCAAGAAUGUGAUCCACAGCUCCAAAGCUCCUAGCCCUACAAUGGCUCAUGCUGCUCCCUCCUCACUUCCCACUCUCCAUGAACUGCUCACCAUCUCUCAUAAAGCAGAGCAAAGCGGGGUUAAGGCUGCUGCAGCUGCCACAGAUCACAAAGGAGCCAACGCGUUGUGGAUUGUUCUACCUCUGGCAAUCCUGGCACUGCUCAGUACUGCUGUAUACUUCAUAUGGAAAAACUGGAAAUUGAAGAACACUAACAGCAUCAACUUUGAUAAUCCUGUCUACCAGAAGACCACUGAAGAUGAUGAAGUCCACAUCAGCCGAAACCAGGUCGGCUACACAUAUCCCACGAGAGCAGUUGUAAGCUUGGAAGACUAUGGUGCUUGAUACAAAGAGCCUACUGCAAAGUGCCUCACUGGAGCAGUGCUGUUUAUGGACCUGGAAUGUUCAGCCCAUCUUGCACAGCACUCUUAUUUCCUUACUGCUCCACCCAAACUCAGCCGAACCACUCCAUAAAUGUCCUUUUUAUCCUUUGCAAUCAAUGUGCCAUUUACUGUGGAUAUUUUUAAUCGUGGUUUUCUAAACCUCGCCUCCCAGUUUCAGAUAUUACUUGACCUCCUGACUGCAAGAAAUUUUCUUUUGGGACUCAGUGAGAUGCUUGUUGAAGGGAACAACUGUCUGAUACAAUCAAGGAUUAAACCCUGAUCACUUGGAUUAAUCAAUGUACAGAAGGGAUUUAAAUAUGAAGUAUGUUACAGAUACUGUACAUAACAGUGCAAGGUUUGCCAUACCUUAUUGUAAAUAACAUUUAUGUACAGCAAAGUCUAGUGAGAGUGAGCUGAAAUUAUACUUGCUCCAACAUUAAUCUGGAGCUGGCCCAUAGUUUGUGGAACUUGCUGUUUCAGUUUGCUGCUGCUAAAAUGGCUAUGGAUUUUGUAAUUAAAUACAAUACAAAUUGAUUCAGUCUUGAACAUGUAUCAUAAUGUGCUCCUUGAGUACAUCCAUACAAUUCCCUCCCAAGUCUGUGUGCAAUUCAACAUUGACCAGAAAUGAGUUGUGAUUUUCCUAAACCAAUGCACAACUCAAGUCCUUGUUCAUCGGCAGCAAUGGGACACAGCGAGUUCCCACCACAACUGCAGCCAUCCCUCCCUUUUAGUGUUGGUGCCAGCCCACAAGAUUGAACCCAGCUUGCUCUUUUGUAAAUAGCUGUAAAUUGUACAGAUAUUUUGCAGAAGGAAAUGUUUAAUAAUUUGCAGUGUUGAUGUAUGUCUAAUCUAUUUAUUUAUUUGUCUUCUGGAGCCAUUAUUGUAAAGCCUCAGACUCCAUGCAGCUCCAGCAUUACAAUAUGGACCUGCAGCAAUCGCAGCAGGACUAGGGGUAACAAAUUCCAUUGAUGCAUUGGGCUGGGUUAUAAUCAGUGCACAAUUCCAUUUGAUCCUGAUUUGAAAUGUAAAUGUUUACAAUGGCUGCUUUCUGACAGCACAUUUUGCUAAAUGGGUUUGUCUUUCUACUUGUUAAAUUUACACUUACAGAAUGUAUAUUUAUUUACAAAAUAAAAAUGUUUAAAAAAAAGAUUCUAAAGCAGAGCACAUUCCACUGAACAGCUGCUGGGUGUCUUAAUGCUGUCAGUAUCUUGAUCCUGUUGUGGGAGGAGCAAUGAUCAACUUGCAGCAAAAUUGGAUGUGUUUUCAUUGGCAUAGGAUCGUGCAUAAAGCUCUUGCUGUAACUGGCCAAGUUGUGAUGUCCUGCCAUGCACCAGUCAGUGUUGUGCUUCUGCUCUGAAUGUGACUCACUACCUUACUCUUUACCAAACCUGGUAGAGUGGCUGGGUGCUUGUAACAACAUCACAGUGACCACUUCUCAAUAAGGUACCUCAAUACCCACAGACUUGGGGCAAGUGUCUUGCCCUGGGUACUGAUGUAGGUGUCAAGAUGUCAAGUGGUUCAAUAACUAAUAAGAUGUACUGGUUAAUCUUUUAAAGUAACAUUGUCGAUAAUCUGUUUAAUGCCUUGCUACCUCUGCUGCACUGGUGUUUCAGUAAAUGUGAGCUUGUUUUGAGAUUUAGCCAACAAGCCAUUUUUAAACGAGUUCAUGGAUAUUCCAAUCCUAAGCUGCUAUCGAGUCAAUAUUACUGCAGUCCAUUCAAUUUAAGUUUCUCCACCACAACAUUUAUCAGUGUGACUGAAUCUAGCCUUGUGUCAUAUAUCCCCUAUGAAUGUUUGGCUCUUGUCUGUCUAAACCACAUGGAUAUACAUUUACUUUCUUCCAUUGAUUUUUCCAGCAAUCGGCUAAAUAAAAUUUAUUUCAAAGCCUGUGAA